ACCGCAACAACACUUAUUCUGUAUAAACCCUCACCGCCCCAAAACCUUCGAUCUAAAUAUCCAUUUCUCUGUUCAAAUAGUGAGUGGCGAACGAACAGUCGUCAGAAGCAGAAAUGGCAAGCAACGCUCCCGAGCACGAGCACAGAGAAGAUGAGGAAACUGCCGCCAACGAGGACGAGGACACCGGCGCUCAGGUCGCCCCUAUCGUCAAGCUCGAGGAAGUGGCCGUAACCACCGGGGAGGAAGAUGAAGACGCCAUCCUCGAUCUGAAAGCGAAACUCUAUCGAUUUGAUAAGGAGGGAAAUCAGUGGAAGGAGAGAGGUGCUGGUACCGUGAAGCUAUUGAAACACAAGGUUACAGGAAAGGUUCGCCUCGUUAUGAGGCAAUCUAAGACUCUGAAGAUCUGCGCCAAUCAUCUCGUUUUGCCUGCAAUGACGGUGCAGGAACACGCCGGCAAUGAGAAGUCGUGUGUGUGGCACGCCACGGAUUUUGCUGAUGGUGAAUUGAAGGAUGAGCUUUUCUGCAUUCGUUUUGGAUCAGUUGAGAAUUGCAAAACCUUUAUGCAAAUGAUUGAAGAAGUUGCUGAAUCUCAGCAAAAGAAAGAAGAGAACAAAGAUGCCACUGCAGCUGCUGGUCUUCUCGAGAAGUUGACUGUUGAGGAAGAGAAGGACAAGAAAAGUGAUGAGAAAGCUGUGGAAGAGGCACCACAGAAAGAGGAAAAAGAAAGCAAAAGUGAAGCAGAUGCAGAAAAGAAAAGUGAGGAGCCUGGCUCUUCUUCAACUUAAAGAGGGUUGGAAUUUAUGUUUCAUGUCAUCAGAUACAUUGCAAGAUGUGAUGGAUGUCCACAUUUCUUGGCCAUGUCUCGGCACAUUGACACUGCUGAGGAAGUAUUUGUUGCCGGUCGGACUGAUGUGGGUCUACUAUGAGUCAUUUUGAGUCGUAUGUGUUUGGCUUGAACUUGAGGUCAUGUUUGAAUGUCUGAGGGUUGUGUUUUUGCAGUUUGGAUAUGGUCAGAGAUGUCCAGCAAUGGUCUUGUUUUCAUUUCAUUUCAUUUCAUUUCUCAAUACUACGGGGUGCAAGUUUCUGGUGAUACCACCCAAUGGAUGCAGGGAGAAAGAUAUCACUUUUAUAGACCGAUACUCCUAUUUGGUAGUCUUGGAUUUCUUGUGUUAUAUGGUAAAAAUGAGACUUGGAUACUAUUGUCAAUUCCGGAUUUUGAAUUGACAGUGCAUGUCAAAUGGAUCUUCUUCCCCUAGUGAUUUGGGCAAUAUUCUUACGGUAAGUUGUACAUUCACAAGUUUAUGUUGUGUGGAUGUCCUGCUCUCCAAAGUCAAUGUAUUUGUCCAAGUCUGUAAGAAAUUAUUGAGUGGUUAAAACAAUUACAACAUAUUAGCGUCA